UGCCCGGAGCGGGAGCGGCGGAGCGCGCGCCAUGGCGGGGCUGGACAGCCCCGAGCCGGGCAGCGACCCCGGCCCCGCCACGCGCGUGGAGCUGACGGUGUCGUGCAGGCAGCUCCUGGACAAGGACACCUUCUCCAAGUCGGACCCACUCUGUGUCCUGUACAUCCAGCGCCCCGGCAGCCGGCAGUGGCUGGAGUUCGGCCGCACUGAGGUCAUCGACAACUCCCUGAACCCCGACUUCCUGCACAAGUUCGUCCUCGACUACUUCUUUGAGGAGAAGCAGAACCUGCGCUUCGACCUGUACGAUGUGGACUCCAAGAGCCCCGACCUCUCCAAGCACGACUUCCUGGGCCAGACCUUCUGCACCCUGGGCGAGAUUGUGGGCUCGGCCGGCGGCCGCCUCGAGAAGCCGCUGACGAUGGGCACUGUCACCACACACUCCCGGGGCAGGAAACCAGCUCCGGCCCUCUCCAAUGGCGGCGUUCCCAGGAAGAGCUGCGGCACCAUCAUUGUCCUCGCCGAGGAGCUGGGCAACUGCCGGGACGUGGCCACGCUGCAGUUCUGCGCCAACAAGCUGGACAAGAAGGAUUUCUUUGGCAAAUCCGACCCUUUCCUGGUGUUCUACCGCAGCAACGAGGACGGGACGUUCACCAUCUGCCACCGCACGGAGGUGGCGCGGCACACGCUGGCCCCGGUGUGGGCCGCGUUCGACAUCCCGGUGCGAGCGCUCUGCAACGGCGACCCCGACCGGACCAUCAAGGUGGAGGUGUACGACUGGGACCGCAGUGGCAGCCACGACUUCAUCGGGGAGUUCACCACCAGCUACCGCGAGCUGGCGCAGGGACAGGGCGGCCUCAACGUGUACCAGGUGGUGAACCCCAAGAAGAAGCUGAAGAAGAAGAAGUACCUGAACUCAGGCACGGUGACGCUCUUGUCCUUCUCGGUGGAGUCCGACCCCAGCUUCCUGGACUACAUCAGGGGCGGGACCCAGCUCAACUUCACGGUGGCCAUCGACUUCACCGCGUCCAACGGGAACCCCUCCCAACCCACGUCCCUGCACUACCUGAGCCCCUACCAGCUCAACGCCUACACCAUGGCCCUCAAGGCGGUGGGCGAGAUCAUCCAGGACUACGACAGCGACAAGAUGUUCCCCGCGCUGGGCUUCGGCGCCAAGAUCCCACCGGACGGGCGCGUGUCCCAUGAGUUCCCACUGAACGGGGACGCGGAGAACCCCGCGUGCAGCGGCAUCGAGGGGGUGCUGGAGGCCUAUCACCGCAGCCUGCGCAGCGUCCAGCUCUACGGGCCCACCAACUUCGCCCCCGUCGUCAACCACGUGGCACGCGCGGCGGCCGCGGUGCUCGAUGGCUCCCAGUACUUCGUGCUGCUCAUCAUCACCGACGGCGUCAUCUCGGACAUGGCGCAGACCAAGGAGGCCAUCGUCAACGCUGCAGCGCUCCCCAUGUCCAUCAUCAUCGUGGGGGUCGGUCAGGCCGAGUUCGAUGCAAUGGUGGAGCUGGACGGGGAUGACAUCCGCGUGUCCUCCCGCGGGAGGGUGGCCGAGAGGGACAUCGUGCAGUUUGUGCCGUUCCGGGAGCACGUGGCGGCGGGGGGGGGCGCUGUGCGCAGCAUGGCGCGGUUGGCGCGCGCGGUGCUGGCCGAGGUGCCCCCCCAGCUCCUGUCCUACAUGAAGGCCAAAGGCAUCAGCCCCCGGCCCGCGCCCCCCCCGCAGUGACCCCCCCAGUGACACACCCCCCCCCAUUCCCGGUCCCUUUCCCCCUGUUCCCAUGGAUAAAGGCAGCAGGAUCCUCCCCCCCCCCCCAUCCCCAUCAACCACCUUUUGGGGGGGUCGUGGUGGAGCCCCCCCGGACCAUCCCCACGCUGGCCCAGUGCUGAGGGUGUAUCCUGCCCCCCCAUAGAGCACAUGACCCCCAAGUGUGGGGUCCCCUCUGGUGACAUUCAGAGUAUCCCCAGGGGUGACAUAUGGCGCCCCCCCCCAGCCCCAGACACCUCCCUCACCCACAGACACCCACCAGCCCCAUGGACACCCCCGGCCCCAUAGACACUCCCUGCCCAAGAGGCACCCCCCAGGCCCAUAGACACCCCCAAACCCCAUAGUCCCCCCCUCAGAUCCACAGACACCCCAGACCCAUAAACACCCCCCCAGCCCCAUAGAAACCCCCCAGCCCCACGGACACCCCCCGUCCCAUAGAAACCCCCCCGUCCCAUGGGCACCCCACAGCCCCAUAGCCAUCCCCUUACACCUGGGGGGGUUCCCCUUCUCUGUGUCGUCCCCCCCCCCGUGUGUCUGUAUUGAGUUGCCUUAAACUGGAAUAAACUCAGAGUGUUUGUAA